AUGGACACGACAGACCCCUUCCUCCAAGUCCAGGCGGACGUCCUCGAAACCCUCCAAACCAGCCGCCCUCUCUUCUCCUCCUACCUGCGCAUCCGCUCCCUCGCCAAAUCCCCUCAAAACCCCGAACUCCACCAAUCUCGCACCGAACUCGAGACGACCCUCACCGAACUCACCGCCGACCUCGACGACCUCGUCGAAUCGGUCCGCGCCAUCGAGCAAGACCCCUACCGCUUCGGCCUCGAGCUCGAAGAAGUCCAGCGCCGGCGCAAACUCGUCGACGAUGUAGGGCGUGAAAUCGAGCAGAUGCGCACCGAGCUCGCGCGGGCGGUCUCUGCGGCGCCGGCGCCGGCCGACUUGCCCAAUCCGACGGAGUUUGAUGCGGCGCUGGAGGCGGAGGAGGAUGGGGCCAGGGGGCCCCGCGGGGAUGAUUACUAUGCGGCGUUGGAACAGCAGCGACAGGUGGAGUUGAUGCAUGAGCAGGAUGAGCAGUUGGAUGGGGUGUUUCGGACGGUGGGCAAUUUGAGACAGCAGGCGAAUGAUAUGGGGAGGGAAUUGGAGGAGCAAGGUGCGAUUCUGGAGGAGGUGGAUUCGCUGGCGGAUCGAGUCGGUGGGAAGUUGAACAAUGGGAUGAAACGGAUUCGCCAUAUUGUGCGCAAGAACGAGGGUAAGUGGUACCCGAGCUGCAUUUCUUGA